AUGGCUCAAUCCACUGAAGAAUCAGUUUUGGAUAAGUUGCUUAAAACACGUUAUCCAUUAACGUAUUAUUUGAGUCGACAACAACAGUUCAUUAAUUCAUACUCUACAGCGUCAAGUACUAUCGCACCGGUCCCUUCUGAUCCUGUGAAAAAUAUUGCACAUAAACAAAAAGCACAAUUACCACCUCCAGCUUGCUUUAAUGUUCCUGAUACACUUGAUUUCAAUGCCACAUCAUAUGAACAAAAUGAGGAAAUGGAUCAAAAUUCAGGCUUAGAAGACGAGGAUGAUUAUGGACAAGGAUUUGAUGAAAGUUUAUUACUAAAAAACAUUAGCAACCAAUUCGAUGAUACUCAUAGUUACGAAUGA